AUGGAGAUGUGCUGCCAAGCUGCAGGCUGUGUCAGAAACAUUAACUUUUUAUCGUCUUGUGACAUAUGCUUAUAUAUUCAUUUAAUUUCCCCCGGACUGUCAAGAGCUUUAGAGAGUGUCAAAUGUGGAGGAAUCCUCUCUGCUCCGUCUGGUAAUAUCUCUAGUCCAAACUUCCCUGGCCUGUAUCCCUACAACAUCGACUGUUCCUGGCUCAUUGUUGUGGCCGAGGGCUCCUCCGUCCUCCUCACCUUUCACCACUUUGAGCUGGAGUACCAUGCCAACUGUGCUUAUGACUACAUCAAGAUCUACAAUGGCAUAUCCGAGGAUGAAGGGAACCUCCUUGGGACAUUUUGUGGUGACAUCUCCCCUCCUCAGUUCACAUCUUCUUGGAAUGUCAUGUCCAUUAUCUUCCAUUCAGACCGCCAUGUGGCCUACAGGGGCUUCAGUGUUGGCUACAGAAAAGAUGUGUGUGGUGGAGUCCUCACAGGUCUUUCAGGUGUGAUCUCCAGUCCAGGCUACCCUCUGGAGUACAGCAACAAUGCUGACUGCUCCUGGGCCAUCCACGUGUCCAACACCAGCGUGGUCACCUUGGUCUUCUUGGACUUCCAGCUGGAAAACAACGAGGGGUGUAAUUUUGACUUUGUCGCCUUGUUUGAUGGCCCGACAGUCACCCAUCACCACCUGGGCAAAUACUGCGGGGCAGAUACACCUCCUAUCAUUGUCACCACCUCCAAUCAUCUUCUGGUGCUCUUCAAGUCUGACUUCAACAUUGGUGGGCGUGGGUUCAAGGCCUACUAUUACUCAGAUGAGUGCCAGCAGAUCCUGUCAGAUGUAAACGGAAACUUCAGCAGCCCGCACUUCCCAAACAUCUACCCAAACAACAUCAACUGCCACUGGAGCAUCACUCUAGCGGCUGGGUACCGCAUCAAACUCUUCUUCCCUGUCAUGGACUUGGAAGACCGCAACAGUCUGUCAGACGAGUGCGACUACGACUCUGUGGCAGUUUAUGACGGGGAAAGUCAGACGGACCCCCUGCUGGGGCGCUGGUGUGGCAGAGAUCACACCCCCUUUCUCGUCUCCAAAGGAAACAAGUUGCUGGUGGUCCUCAACACAGACAGAAAUGAGGCUCACAGAGGGUUUACUGCUUCUUAUCUUGGAGUGGUUCCUGUAAACAUUAGCUGCACAAGAUCAGAAUUUACCAUACUGAUACCACAGCAGUCCUUACCUCAGCUGGACAGAGAGAGCAUCUACCUGGGAGACCCCUCCUGUACAGCCCAGCUCACAGCCACCUCAUAUAAGAUACUUGCUCAGUUUGUCAACUGUGGAACUGCUGGACAGAAAAUUCGGAACAUCACCGUGCUGGUGAACAAACUCUACAUCGAUUUCUCUGAUGGGAAACAGCAGAAUGUGCAGGAAUAUAGAGUGCAGUGCGACGCCCUGAGGAAGAUAGCGUCAGUCUCCAUCAUUUCAGCGGAGGAGCGUCGUCUGGAGGAGCAGGCCAAGCAAACUGACAAAAAAAGUCCUGAAGCUCCAGGGGGUCCAGAAGCUGUGCCUCAUGACCUGAGUGAUAUUGUCUUUAUUAGCAUCUGUGUUCUGGCUGUUAUUCUCAUGGUGAUUGCUAUAAUUUGGCUGGUGCUGCUUUAGUAAUAUAUGUUAAUGAUCUUAUAUGACAAAAGAGGACUCAAAUGCUUAAGUUGGCAUAUUUUCA